AUGGACUUCGCCUUUAACCUGCUCGUCUCCGUCAUCCCGGUGGACCGGGAGAAGAUGACGCAUCAGAUGUUCAUCUUCUGGCUCAUCCUCAGCAGUGGUGGCAUCUCCAUGUACCUGUUCUUCGCCUCCAUAUCCUACUUCACAUACUUUCGCAAGUUGAAGCGGCAGUUCUUUCCCAAGACGAUCGACCCGGAUGAUGCUCGCGAGCUGAAUGAGCAGGUGCGGCAUGAGAUUUGGAUUGCGGUGUGCUCGAUUCCGUUCAUGGCGUUUUUGAUGAUGCCGGCGGCCACCUUCUCGCACCGCGGGUACAGCAAGGUGUACUACAACAUCUCGGACUACGGCUGGGCGUACUUCCUGGUGUCGCCUGUGCUGUUCUUCGCCUUUACGGACUUCAUGGUGUACUGCUUCCACCGUGGGCUGCACCACCCGAUAAUCUACAAGCACGUGCACAAGCUGCACCACACGUACAAGUACACAACGCCCUUCUCGUCGCACGCCUUUAACCCCGUUGACGGCUUCGGUCAGGGCGUUCCGUACUACGUCUUCGUGUAUUUGUUUCCCCUUCACAACAUCCUUUUCAUUGUGCUAUUCUUGGCGGUGAACUUCUGGACGAUCUCCAUCCACGACCAGGUGGACUUUGGUGGGCACUUCAUCAACACAACCGGCCAUCACACGAUCCACCACGAGCUGUCAAACUGCGACUACGGCCAGUACACGACUAUAUGGGACCGCCUGGGUGGGUCGUACCGCCCUGCCGAGCAGACGCAUCACCUGUCGUCCCUGCUGCGCGCUGGCGAUCCCAAGUAUGUGGACCCCGUGUAUGCAUCGUAUCACGAGGAGAAGGGCUUCCUGGCAGGUCGGUUCAAGGAGGAAGCCGCCGCGCGUCGCUCAAAGAAGGUCGGCGCAUAA